GUGGUAAACACGCAAAAUGGAGGCUGUAGACAAAAAAUUUGACAAGGAAAAUUCGUUUAAAACUAAAACUUGGAAAGAAGAAGUGAGCUUUAAUUUUAAACAUCUUUAAAGCUAUUAUAAAAUUUUUGAAUUAAAAAAAAAAUAAGUUACUGCUAAAUUUAGUGACCGAGCUGAAAAUUAAAACAACGGACCGCUACCGGUCUACUUUCGUGUUGUGACGAUGCUGGAAUUUAAAUUAAAAAUGCUAUUACAUAAGUAAUAUAAUUAUAUAACCAAGAAUAAGAGUAAGAGUGUGUCACGAAUGUAAGUCUGACAUUUUAUUAACUAAAUAUGAAUAAUGUACAUUGACCUAUAGUUUAUAAACUUUAUAAGUUAUAGUUAUAGGCUACUAUUCUAUAAUAAAUAAUAUUAUAAUAAUUAUAAUAAUAAUAUUUUUAAUAUAAAUAUAUAAUAUAUAUAAUAGGCAUUAAAGUACAUUAAAGGCUGUCAGUGUAAGUGUGUAUUCGGACCCCUAGAUUCAAGACCGAGAGGUUGGGUUUAUUAAAAAAAAUAUUUAUUUAUUAUUGUUGGGUUUGUUAGACAAAACUUGGUAUCAAAUGAAAGAUAAUUGAAUGCACUACAUGUUUGUAUACUAAGCCUUACUUCUUCAGUUUAACUAAAAUGUCUAAAAUAAAAUACCACAAAUGACAACAUAAUAGCAUUCAUUUUUGUUUGAUUUAGUCUAGUUUAAGGACCUAGGCAUUUACUUUUGCCUUUAGACUAAAUGCUAUUCAAAUGUCAUUUGUGGUAGUCUAUUUUAUUUAAACUGAAGAAGCAUGUUUAAAAACAUAUAGGCCUUUUAAUAUAUUCUAUUCAAUUAUCUUAUAGGACUAUGACUAUAUCCUAUUAUAUAUAGGCCUAUACUUAUAUUAUAUGUACUAUUAAAAUAAAUUUAAAUGAAUGUAUUUUGUAGCCUGUGUAAGGUAUAGGUUAUAGAGCUGCUAUCUAUAAAUUAAUUAUUUAUACAUUAUUAUAAUUAUAGUAUAAAUAUCAGUUUAAUUAAUAUAAUAUACAAAGUGGCUCCAUACACCACAAUGGUGUACCUAAUAAAACGUUGACCUAGACUUGUGUACACAAUGACAAAAAUGUACCAUUAGCGGCAUUGGCCUGGUCUUAAUAUAUGGCUGUUAGAUAUCAUCUUGCGUGGUCUUGUGGUAGAGUAAACACUAGGCGAUAUCAUUUUUUUGGAUAAAUUCCAAGAUGCUUAUUGAGUUUUACAAGGCCUAAAGUAAACUUAAAACGUCUAUAUUUUUUUCAUCUUAAUUAAAAUUAUAUCUUAGAAUUAAAAUAUAACCGGUGUGUUCAUUUGUACCAGAAGUUGCAUUUUUUUUUUAAUAUUUUGUAGCAUUUUAACUAUAGGUCUACAUUAUCUGCCUCGGAUAUUAAAGGGGACCAAAUUUGCAAUAUGGAAUGAAUUUAAACUGUCAACUACAAGGGGACCAAAACCAAAAAGUGGCAGGAGGCCAACACAAGUCAUAUGACAGCUCUGGAUAGGAGUUGUCCAUAUAGGAAAUCCACAUAAAAUAUGAAACUUUUCCACCCACUCCCCCUAAUGGUUUUGGGAAACCCUGUCAUAUAUAAAUUAACGCAUAGGUUUUUCUGUCAUACAUAUAGAGAGAGACAUCAUCAUAAGUAAAAUAUAUAUAUUUUUUUAGCUUCAUUAGUCCAUAGUAAUAACAAAUUUAUGUUAUAAAGGUGUCUGUAAAAACCGUAAAUAUUUCAAAUAUUUGUAAUUAAAUUUUAUAGUUUGGCGACCCAGUCGUGUACAGUCCAAUCUUUAAAAUAAAUUUGUUUUAUCAAUGGGUGAGCCUCUUAAGCAUUCUUUUGUUGGAUUCAGUUUUGUGGACCCAAACCUUGAUAUCAAAGAUAUUCCACAUAAAAAAUGGGCCAAGUAUUUUCAGCAUUGUGUUUCAAAAAAAGCAUGCUCAGGGCUUCUCAAGAUGGCAGAAUUCUUUUUGUAAUACCUCCUCCAAAUGCAAAUGUAGAAAUAAUUCUUUCUUUAAUCAGUCACUUUGUAUCAAGCAGUCCAGAGUGUCAGUAGAAUAAUUUGUUUACAAUUUAAUUUCAAACAUUUUCUCAUGUGAAAGAUUUUUUGAAAAUAUCAUGAAUGAUGACAAGGUCAUACAUUGUAUUGCAUCAUCCCGGAAAUAAACAAAGACUGAUUAUAACAGAAAGGAAACUGUUCUUAUAUAAUAAGUCAUUGCUGGUAUAAUACAAUCAUAAAUGUUAUAUUUAAAGCCAUGACUAUCCUGUUUUAACCUAUUUCUAGGUGUCCUAGUUUUUAACCUCUAUGUCCUAGUUUUUUUACCUCUAGCCUCUGGUUACCCAAAUUAGAUGUGUUUAUUUUAUAUUAAAUACUAAUGACCAGUCAAAUAUGAUUUUGAUGGAAAGAACAUGUUAAAAUUCUUAAAUACAUUAAACCUAACCUUCAAUUAGUUUGUUCUUGUCAUUGUUAUACGAUGGACUUAUUUUAACAAGAAAAAUUCCAUUGUGGAAGUGAGGGGGGGCACCAUGAGUUUACCACACUGGGUGACACAAACCCUAGUAGCGCCAAUGAUACAGGCUAUUAUAUGAGGGACUAUGUAGUACAGACUAUUAUAUGAGGGACUGUCUAGUACAGGCUAUUUUAUGAGGGACUGUGUAGUAUAGACUAUUACUCAAGUCUCAUAAAGUUAAUCGCUAAUGCUAAAAAUCACUUUUUAAAAUACACUAGUUAUUUAAUUUGCUUAUGAAAACAUUUUAAUUUUGUUGAUUCCAUCCAGCGUGUGACCGCCACACUAUGUCUCUCUGUCUUUGGCGCUGUCCUCGGCUCAUUCCAGUUUGGAUACAACACUGGAGUUAUCAAUUCACCAGAAUCGGUAAGAGUUGUGGUUCUUCAAUUACCAUAAGCCAACACAAGAAUGUGCUUGUUAUAUCCACAUGUGAUUUCAUAUUAUAUGGACUCUCAAAUUACGAGCAUUGUUUAUUCCAUAUACAUACUCAUAGUAACCUCAGAUUAUGGGCAUUAUUCAUUUCAUAUGCAUGCUCAUAGUAACCUCAGAUUAUGAGCAUUAUUAAUUUCAUAUACAUGCUCAUUGUAACCUCAGAUUAUGAGCAUUAUUUUUUCCAUACACAUCCUCAUAGUCAAAAUAAAAUGAGUGAAACAGAGUAGGGUUAAACCUGAAAAAAUAAACGCAACAAAACAGUGAACGUGUCUGCAGAAAGGCUUCGUCAGCGAACAAAACAACAGAAAAAACGUUAUAAAAAUAAGAAAUAGCACUUAGCUGGUAAGUAGUAUCUGUGGGCAGCAAUAGAAGUGUCAUAUUCCUUAUUAGUUUCAUAUAUUUCAAAACAAAUGUUUAUGUGCUUUUUGCUCUUACAAUAUUACCUUCCUUGUUAGAUUGGUAUAUAUUAUAACAAAACAAAUUUUAUGUGCUUGAAUAUUAAUUAUUACAUUGAAUUUUUAAAAAAAACUGCAACACUGACACUAAAAACUUGAAAAAAAAAAAGUUUAAAUAUGAGUAAAUCUAGGCAGUAUUUUUCAAUUAAAUUUGAUUAGUGUUUAGAAGGUGGACUUGUCAAAGAUGAAAAGAUCUAAAAAUUGCUCUGUUCUUUUUUUUUUAAUGAAAAUGCUCUUCUUUUUUUUUUCAGAGUAUCAAAGAGUUCAUGAACCAGACUGAGGUACAGCGAACCGGGCAGGGCAUGUCAGAGAGCAAGAUUACCAAUAUGUUCGCCAUUAUUGUAGCAAUAUUUGCUGUAGGGGGCUGCAUGGGUGGCAUACUGGCUGGAUGGUGGGCAGACACUUUUGGAAGGUAAGUAAUAAUAAUAAUACUAAUUUUGUGGGAGGUUGUCUUCUAUGACCAUUUGAUCUACAUGAGAUGUUGCUGCCAGUGAGAUGAGUUAGAUAUUAUGAAGGCUGUAUACAAUUUUAGGCUGAAAAAUGUGGUUGUGACAGGUUGUGUAACAUAUGGUUGUGACAGGUUGUGUAACAUAUGGUUGUGACAGGUUGUGUAAAUAUGGUUGUGUAACAUGGUUGUGACAGGUUGUGUAACAUAUGGUUGUGACAGUUUGUGUAACAUAUGGUUGUGACAGGUUGUGUUUUUCUGUGUAUUUUCUAUCAGUGGUUUCACCAGUACUUGGGCAAAUCUUGAGACCUGUCAAACAAUUGUUUAAUUUUGGAAAGUUGUUCAAUAACCCAGAGGUAAAUUCAUUGACCCUUUUAUGAUGGUGUCUGGCCUCCUGUCCAUUUUAGUUAAUUUGGUAGACAAAGUUUGGCAAAACCUAUUAUCUAAUUUUAUUAAAGUGUUUCCCACAGUGUUACCCCGGAGCAAGAGAUGCAGCUGAACGUUACUAACUUAUCAUCAUUAAAAUAGUUGUACAUCUUUGUUUAAUUCAAUGUGACAGGACAUGACAUCUAGCUGCCCUGGAACAAUCCAGUAACUAAGUCGUCAUUAAUAUUUGUAGAAGCUUCAGCAAGCUGCGCACUCAUCAUUUUUAGUUCACUUUUUUUUAGAAGCAUAACUAAUGUCGUACAUCUGAAAAAGCAAACAAUGAAAGAUGAAUUUUAAGAUAGAACUGUCAAAUGUAGAGUUGUAGAAUUUAAGCUAUUUAUAAUCUUGUUGAAAUGAUUUAUUUCAUAAAUGUUAUCGACUUAAUGAUUUUUCCAAAAGGCCAAUGAUUUUUUUCAGUUACCCAACUACAAUUAAGUGUUCCGAUGAUCCAUUUUAUUUUCAACAAAUUGUUUUUAAUGACUUGUUUUAAUGGGUUAGGGUUAGGUUUAAACUUAAACAAACUUAAGCCUUUAUGACUGUUCUUUAGACUUUUUUUACCGGGUUAGGGUUAGGUUUAAACUUAAACAAACUUAAGCCUUACGAUUGUUUUUAGACUUUUUUUACUGGGUUAGCGUCAGGUUUAAACUUAAACAAACUUAAGCCUUACGAUUGUUCUAUAGACUUGUUUUACUGACUCAAUGAGAAAUAAAGUGGAUGUCUUAACAGGACUUCCAGCAAGUCAUAAUUUAUGAGCUUUGCUGCAGGAUAAGCCAGCCUCAUGGACAUUUGGUUUCAUAUUAUUAUUCCAGGAAGUUUGGCCUCUUGGCAAACACUAGCAUUGGUAUUGUGGGUGGUGCUCUCAUGUAUUUCAGCUGUCUGGCCAGCUCCUAUGAAAUGAUCAUCGUUGGUAGAUUUGUUAUUGGAUUUAACUGUGGUAAUUUUUGGUUCACUUUUUAAAAAAAACACAUUUUGUUCCUAUCCUAUUGCUUUUAACAGUAAUAAAUAACAGUAAAAAUUUGAAAUAAAUUCUGGAAAAUUUACAAAAUUGCAUUAAAAGUUUAAAACCUUCAUUCUAAUAGUCAGAUUUCAAAAUCAUUAUUAAUUAUUUUUGUUAGUUUUUGCUAUUCUUUUAUGCAAGUGGUUUUAUCAUUUGUAUGUAAGAUAUAUUAAGAUUUAUGCCUUAGAAUAGUCGUUGGUCCCUGGUUCAGUGAUCUGUCUAUUUACAGGACUCUACACGGGGCUGACCCCAUUGUACCUCUCAGAAAUCUCCACUCACAAAACACGUGGUGCCCUGGGAGUGCUGCAUCAGCUUGGAGUCACCAUUGGCAUUUUCAUCUCACAAAUCUUUGGUUUCUUUGAGGUCAUGGGCAAUGCAGACUUUUGGAAUUUGCUUUUAGGUAAGUAUCCCUGGGAAGUAAUCUUAUCACAUGGAAGUAAACUUAUCACUUGGAAGUAAACUUACAUGUUGCUCUUUAUGUUUCUAAAGUCGUGUUUAGGUAUACGCAUUAAAUAUACAUAAUAAUAAUAAUUGCUUUUUUGAUAUUGAACAGUAUUCUUAUACAGGGAAUUUGAAUUAAUGAUAAUUCUUUGUUUACUUUUAGUUCUGCUCAAUCUGUUUAAACCUUAGUAGUGCUCAAUCUGUUUAAACCUUAGUAGUGCUCAAUCUGUUUAAACCUUAGUAGUGCUCAAUCUGUUUAAACCUUAGUAGUGCUCAAUCUGUUAAAAUCUUAGUACUGCUCAAUCUGUUUAAAUCUUAGUACUGCUCAAUCUGUUUAAAUCUUAGUAGUGCUCAAUCUGUUUAAACCUUAGUACUGCUCAAUCUGUUUAAAUCUUAGUAGCGCUUAAUCUGUUUAAACCUUAGUAGUGCUCAAUCUGUUUAAACCUUAGUACUGCUAAAUCUGUUUAAAUCUUAGUAGUGCUCAAUCUGUUUAAACCUUAGUAGUGCUCAAUCUGUUUAAAUCUUAGUACUGCUCAAUCUGUUUAAACCUUAGUAGUGCUCAAUCUGUUUAAAUCUUAGUACUGCUCAAUCUGUUUAAACCUUAGUAGUGCUCAAUCUGUUUAAAUCUUAGUACUGCUCAAUCUGUUUAAAUCUUAGUAGUGCUAAAUCUGUUUAAAUCUUAGAAGUGCUCAAUCUGUUUAAAUCUUAGUACUGCUCAAUCUGUUUAAAUCUUAGUACUGCCCAAUCUGUCGGUAACCAAAGCUGUACACAUUAUGUCCAUAAUUGUUAGAAGUUUUGUAAAGAUAACACUUGGAUGAUUACAGUUGGAUUCAAAAUGUAAUUGGUGAUGCUGUCAUUAGGCUUGUGCUAUGUAGUUAGUGAUGCUUUAAGUAGGCUUGUGUUGUGUAGUUAGUGAUGCUGUAAGUAGGCUUGUGUUGUGUAGUUAGUGAUGCUUUAAGUAGGCUUGUGUUGUGUAGUUAGUGAUGCUGUAAGUAGGCUUGUGUUGUGUAGUUAGUGAUGCUGUAAGUAGCUUUGUGUUGUGUAGUUAGUGAUGCUUUAAGUAGGCUUGUGUUGUGUAGUUAGUGAUGCUGUAAGUAGGCUUGUGUUGUGUAGUUAGUGAUGCUUUAAGUAGGCUUGUGUUGUGUAGUUAGUGAUGCUGUAAGUAGCUUUGUGUUGUGUAGUUAGUGAUGCUUUAAGUAGGCUUGUGUUGUGUAGUUAGUGAUGCUGUAAGUAGCUUUGUGUUGUGUAGUUAGUGAUACUGUAAGUAGGCUUGUGUUGUUUUUAAUAAUGGUCUAAGAAGAAUUAAUGUAAAUGACCGUGAAUGAAAUAUUUCUUACCUACAAGAACUAGUUUUUCUGUUGUAAUUUCUAUCUUCCCCAUUGGAGGUCAUUAAAAAAUAUACCUCGAUAACUAAUGCUCUGCUGAUUGCAAUCAUGCCUUAGACAGAUAUCUGCACUACUGAUUUCAAUCAUGCCUUAGACAGAUAUCUGCACUACUGAUUGCAAUCAUGUCUUAGACAGAUAUCUGCACUACUGAUUGCAAUCAUGCCUUAGACAGAUAUCUGCACUACUGAUUGCAAUCAUGCCUUAGAACGCUAUCUGUGCAUGCCUACAGAAUUACUUUGUUACAGCACAUGCCUGUAUUGAUUGUCAUGUUAUGAACCAGCUGACUAACCAAAGCUGGCUGACGCAACAGUUUAGUGAAUAAAACCUAACUCUUGAUAACAGUUAACAAUGUUUAAGUUGAUCAAGACAUCGAAGUUAGGGAUCUCUAAGAGGCAGUAUUGACAAAGACACUGAUGGUAGGCAUCUCUAAGAGUCAGAAAGAGACAAAUACAAUAAAAUGUCCAUGUUUUAUAAAUUAAAAUUAAAUUUAUAAUUUUGUUUUAAACAAACUUUUGUUCUCCUAAAAAGAUCUUAAAAAGAAUUUAUGGUUAAGGUUAGGAUAAAGGUUAGAGUUCCGUAUCAAGUAUUUUAUGAUUUAAACUGGUCUAGUUAGUCAAAACACAUAUUGGAUUUUGCCUAGAUAUGGUCAAACACAUUCCCUCAACCAAGUGAACCCCAUCUCUCUUCUUCUUCUUCUAUAUCUUAAGGGCCCACGAUCAAUUUAUUGAUCAUUUUGGCUCCUAUGCAUGUAGAUGGGAUUUGCAAUGUUUCUGUUACUGGUGGUGAUGAGGAAAUUAUGCCACUUGUUUUUUACUUAAUUCUUCUCUCCACAAAUUAUGUUUUUCCUGCCACUCUAACUCUGCCUGUGCUAGUUCCUGGGCUAGCUGUUCUAGCCUAACUUGCCUAUCUCGUUUUUCCUGUUCUAGCCAAACUUGUCUUUUUCGUUCUUUAGCUUGUCUAUCUUUUUCUAUCAGCUUGCUUUCAACCCACCUAGUAAGAGCUUCAUCUUUAUAACGGGUAAUAAGGGGAGAGACUGCAAUCAGGUUAGCACAAUAUAACAUGAGUAAAACAGAGUAGAAUUAAACCUGAAAAAGGAAUGCAACAAAACAGGGAACGUGUUGGCAGAAAGCCUACGUCACCGAACAAAACCACAGAAAAAAACGGAAAUAAAAAUAAGAAAUAGCUUUUAGCUUGGAAGUAGUAUCCGAGGGCAGCAAAAGAAAUAUGUUUUUGUCAAACCGGGGUACAGCACAGCAGAAUGCAGUGAUUCCAGGACACAGGCCCAGUGGGAAACAGUAACGACAGCACACAAAUACAACAGCAUGGAGGCACUCCAGUAUAGCCAAAAACCACUAAAUUGGGAUGCAGUACAACAGUAAACGCUCAAAGCAGUCUCAGGACCAUCAGGCUACAAUCACACGAUAUUCUUUGGAGAACUCACGAUAGGCAAGCGCUCUCAAGGAGGUCAAAGAAAGCAUUACAAAGUCUCACUGAAAGCGGCACCAAAGACCUUCAGCAUCAACCCUACUGAUUAGGUGCAGACAGUCCAGGAUGGAGCCAGGUGGAGAGCAGCUGUGAAGAAGAGGGCUAGCUGAGACACACAGGCUAGCCCAAAAGAGCAACAUUAGAUCACCAACUACAGCAACUAUCCCCUGCCUACAGUGCCAGAGAUUAUUCAGAGCACGGAUCCGACUAUCAAGCCAGCUACAAGCUCAGCGUGACCCUCCCCAUCCCAACCCUGUCGCCCCAACUGGAUGGUCCUAAUCGAUAUGGACGGUUAGCUGAAGUGGUUCACCAUGUGUCCAUAGGAAGACAGGCUUAACUACAGAUCCCUCUAUAAAUGAUAUGUUUUUUCUGGGAUUAGUUGAGCUGGUUCACCAUGUAACCAUGGGAUUAGUUGAGGUGCUUUACUGUGUAACCAUAGUGUUAGUUGAAGUGGUUUACUGUGUAACCAUAGGGUUAGUUGAGCUGGUUCACCAUGUAACCAUGUGGUUGGUUGAGGUGGUUCACAUGUAACCAUGUGGUUAGUUGAGGUGGUUCACCAUGUAACCAUGUGGUUAGUUGAGGUGGUUCACCAUGUAACCAUGUGGUUAGUUGAGGUGGUUCACCAUGUAACCAUGUGGUCUGUUGAGGUGGUUCACCAUGUAACCAUGGGGAGCAGUUCAAGGACCAAAAGUUGUUUGUACUUUCAGGAGAGGAUAUAAAAAAAAAAAGGCCAUCUAGAAUUUUAUUAAGAAAUAAAUAAGCCUCAGAAAUCUAGAAUGUAUCUGAGAGUGAAAUCGAAAUAAGUGCUGUCAAUAUGUCUGGUCCAUAAAGCUCCGAUUGGCUGUCAUUGUUGAAAACUUAAUCAACUGGGCCUUUGUCUUCAGAAAUCCUCAAGUGGUUGGGGGGGAGGGGGGGGAGGGCUGAGAAGAAUUGAUAAGCUUGUUAAUCUUUAUUUCCGCGAUAAGUCUAAUGGUUUAAGGCUAGGGACAGGCAAUAUAUUCACAUAAGUCUAAUGAUGUAGAGCUAGGACAGGCAAUAUAUUCUCAUAAGUCUAAUGGUGUAGAGCUAGGGACAGGCAAUAUAUUCACAUAAGUCUAAUGGUGUAGAGCUAGGGACAGGCAAUAUAUUCACAUAAGUCUAAUGGUGUAGAGCUAGGGACAGGCAAUAUAUUCACAUAAGUCUAAUGAUGUAGAGCUAGGGACAGGCAAUAUAUUCACAUAAGUCUAAUGAUGUAGAGCUAGGGACAGGCAAUAUAUUCACAUAAGUCUAAUGGUGUAGAGCUAGGGACAGGCAAUAUAUUCACAUAAGCCUAAUGGUGUAGGGCUAGGGAUUGGUCUUGUUAACAUAUCAUUCAGACCCUGGGAUAAGAACAUGUUGGUCUUGUUAACAUCCCAGGGAUAAGAACAUGUUGGUCCUUGUUAACAUAUUCUAACCCAGGGAUAAGAACAUGUUGCUCUUUGUUAACAUAUCAUUCUGACCCAGGGAUAAGAAUAUGUUUUUCGUUGUUAACAUAUCAUUCUAACCCAGGGAUAAGAAUAUGUUGGUCUUUGUUAACAUAUUCUAACCCAGGGAUAAGAAUAUGUUGGUCUUUUUAACUUGCUGAUUGACCCAGGAAUAAGAAAAUUCUACUCUUUGUUAACAUUGCAUACUGAUCCAAGGAUAAGGAUAUGUUGCUAUUUGUUAGCAAUGGAUGAUGUGUCAAAUUUUCUGAUCAUUUGUCUUGCUUUGUAUUUAAUUGUAGUACACAUUAGAACUUAGUUUGUGUACAUGUCUGAGAGUCUUGUAUUUGUCUUGCUUUGUAUUUAAUUCUAGUACACAUUAGAACUUAGUUUGUGUACAGGUCUGAGAGUCUUGUAUUUGUCUUGCUUUGUAUUUAAUUCUAGUACACAUUAGAACUUAGUUCGUGUACAGGUCUGAGAGUCUUUGUAUUUGUCUUGCUUUGUCUUUAAUUGUAAAUUUCUCUAUCCUGUUCUCCACUGGCAAACAUCUGCAGUUGCCUACAAUUAAUCAGACAUGUUGUCAAUCAACAAGAUUGGUUUAGAAAAUAUUCAGCUGUCAGUUUGGCUUGCUUUGUCCUCAAAUCAUUGGAACUAAAGUAUUUUACUCUUUACUUGGUCAUUAAUGGUAUCACCAUGUGUCCAGAAACAGCAUCAUAAAUAGUCGUGAAAAUAUAUUGCUUUAAGACUCAGGAAGUGGCGAAAACAUCUAUCUCCUAUCCUUGUGACAAAAAUCCCAAUCGCUGGAGUCAUGUCCUAUCCUUGUGACAGACAACCCAAUCACUAGAGUCAUGUCCUAUCUAAUAUCAAUGUGACAAACAACCCAAUCACUAGAGCCAUGUCCUAUCUCAUAUCCUUGUGAAAAACAACCCAAUCACUAGAGCCAUGUCUUAUCCUUGUGACAAACAACUCAAUCACUAGAGUCAUGUAAGAUAAGUGUUGCUAAUCUUAACAUAAGUUCAUAGGCCAACUUGUUUUCUGUAAUCACGAUUAGUGGACCAUUCACCUCUGUGACCCCACAGUUACCAGCAUUUUAAUAUCUAAAACAAAAAGAAUAGGAAGUAAUCUCCUGUGUUUAAGAAAUGCUCUCCUGUAUUGAUUUUGCCACUGUUCUUAUGUGAAGGGACAGUUCGAUCACACAUUUUUAGGGGAACUGUAGCCCACUUUACUUCUUCAGUUUAUUAUUUUAAAAUAUUGUUUGAUCAUUGAGUGUUCCCAAUAUGUUCAGAUAAUGGGUCUUUAGUCAAUGGGUGGUUACCAAUAUGUUCAGAAAAUGGGUCUUUAGUCAAUGAGUGAUUACCAAUAUAUUCAGAUAAUGGAUUAAUAGCCAAUGGGUGGUUCACAAUAUGCUCAGAUAAUGGUUCAUUAUUCAAUGAGUGGUUACCAAUAUGUUCAGAAAAUAGAUCAUUAGUCAAUGAGUGGUUCCCCAUAUGUUCAGAUAAUGGGUCAGUAUUCAAUGAUUGGUUACCAAUAUGUUCAGAUAAUGGAUUAUUAGUCAAUGAGUUGUUCACAAUAAGUUCUGCUUAUAGACUUGUAUUAUUUUAAAUCAUUUAUUUCCCAGGCCUGGCUGUGUUCCCAUGUGUGCUCCAGCUGAUAGUUUUACCUUUUUGUCCCGAAAGCCCGAGGUAUUUGCUUAUAUCUAAAGACAAAGAGGAAAACUCUAAAUCAGGUGAAAGCAGUGUUUAAUAAUAUUUUGUUUAGUGUCUAAAUCAGAUAACAUCAAUAUUUGCUAAUCUAAAGACUCAAAGUCUUUUCAAAAGCCUAUGCUUGCAUAGACCUUCUUAUAUUAUUAUAAUAAACUCUUAUAAUUUGUGACAUCUGUCAGGAACCGACCAAAUAUUCUUGGCUAAAUUAAAGAUAAUAAAAAAAGUAACAUUACCUUCAAACUCUAUAUUUAGCACUGUUACGGUUGAGAGGAAUGGACAUGGUGGAUGAGUAUCUUGAUGAAAUGAAGGAAGAGGCAAGGGGACAGCAACAGGAAGAAAAGGUAGCCCUUGAAUUCAAUUAGUUCGAUCAGAUAAGAUUAUUAAUUGAUCCAAACAAAUGGAAAUGUUUCUUUAAUUACAUUGAACAUAAUAAUUUUCAGCACAAAUGUAAUACAUAUUUAAACCAAGACAACAUGCUACAAUUAUAAAAAUGGAAACGCAAGACAACUCAAGUAUUUCUCUAGCAUAGAAAUCAGCCAUCAAUGAACUCCUUUACUGACAAUAAUAACUUAAAUAAGUGAUCCUUUACAUUUCUAGACUGGGGUGGGGAGCACACAGGUCGAAUCUUAUAGACUGGGGAACAAAAGAAUUUUUAUAUCAUAUGUCCCUGCAUUUGGAAUUUGCUAGAAAGUCUUUGGCAUCCUCAAAUGCUGCACCCCCAACACCACUCUGAUCAACAUACAAUACUGGGUUGAAUCUAAGCUGAUACCAAAUUAUUUCACUAGGGCAUGACACAACCAGAGUGAACUCAAUUUAUGUAUGGCAUUGUGUGGCAUAAUUGGCACUUUGUGCCAUGAUGCCUGCCCUGUCACUUAAUAAAAUUUCCUUAAUGAAAAAGUCAAAUAGAAAUGCUAAAUUCAGGUAUACCCCACAAUGCACAUCUGAUUUUGAAAUAAUCAAAAAUGUUCAAGGACAAAUGUUUAUCAAUGACCUAUGUCCGACUUAAUGGUCACUGUUAUGUCCAUCAAUGACCUAUGUCCGACUUAAUUUUCACUGUUAUGACUAUCAAUGACCUUCGUCUGACUUAAUGCUCAUUGUUAUGUUUAUCGAUGACCUAUGUCCGACUUAAUGGUCACUGUUAUGUCUAUCAAUGACCUAUGUCUGACUUAAUGGUCAAUUUUAUGACUAUCAAUGACCUAUGUCUUACUUAAUGGUCACUGUUAUGACUAUCAAUGACCUUUGUCUGACUUAAUGGUGACUGUUAUGUCUAUCAAUGACCUAUGUCCGACUUAAUGGUCAUUGUCAUGCCUAUCAAUGACCUAUGUCCAUCAAUUACCUGUGUCCGUCCAUGACCUGUGUUGAUCAAUGACCUGUGUCCAUCAAUGACCUGUGUCUGACAUCCAGUUCUCAUGAUUAUUUUAUCUUUGCUACUGAAAACAUCUUCCUUCAGGUCUGAGCAUCAAUUUUGAUUGUGUGGCUUUUGGUUGUGUGACUUUUGAUUGUAAAAGAAGACCAGAAUUAGGCAGUGAGGCUUUUAAUUGUAAAAGAAGACCAGAAUUAGGGAGUGAGGCUUUUAAUUGUAAAGGAAGACCAGAAUUUGAUUGUGUCACUUUUGCUUGUAAAAUAAGACCAGAAUUUCAUUGUGUACUUUCUAUUUCAAAAUUUGAAACAUCAUCCCCAUUGAUAUUAAUUUCAUUACUGGAAAAUUUGUUAGCUAAACACACUUUAUAUAAGUGUCUGCUAAAUUUGUUAGCUAAACACACGUUAUAUUAGUGUCUGCUAAAUUUGUUAAACAAACUUUAUAUAAGUGUCUGCUAAAUUUGUUAGCUAAACACACGUUAUAUUAGUGUCUGCUAAAUUUGUUAAACAAACUUUAUAUAAGUGUCUGCUAAAUUUGUUAGCUAAACACACGUUAUAUUAGUGUCUGCUAAAUUUGUUAAACAAACUUUAUAUAAGUGUCUGCUAAAUGUGUUAGCUAAACACACUUUAUAUAAGUGCCUGCUAAAUUUGUUAGCUAAACACACUUUACAUAAGUGUCUGCUAAAUUUGUUAGCUAAACACACUUUACAUAAGUGUCUGCUAAAUUUGUUAGCUAAACACACUUUAUAUAAGUGUCUGCUAAUAUAAAAAAAGUUGAAUGGAAAAAAGAAGUUAGUAGUGCGGAUAAUGUUAACACCUGCCAGAAAGUGAGUAGCCUACUGAAAAAAAAAAUGUUGUGAUGACCUAGAUUUUUCUGUGUCAUCUGCACUAUCAUCAUCAUUCUUUUGCAAGGAUGAAGCACACUUAUUCCAUUUUUCAAAGUAAAGAAUAUUUAGCUUGACAAAAGUGUCACAUAUCUUUCAUUUUAUUUGACUAAAAUGUCACAUAUCUUUCAUUUUAUUUGACUAAAAUGUCACAUAUUUUUCAUUUUAUUUGACUAAAAUGUCACAUAUCUUUCAUUUUAUUUGACUAAAAUGUCACAUAUCUUUCAUUUUAUUUGACUAAAAUGUCACAUAUCUUUCAUUUCAUUUUACUAAAAUGUCACAUAUCUUUCAUUUUAUUUGACUAAAAUGUCACAUAUCUUUCAUUUAUUUGACUAAAAUGUCACAUAUCUUUUAUUUUAUUUGACUAAAAUGUCACAUAUCUUUCAUUUUAUUUGACUAAAAUGUCACAUAUCUUUCAUUUUAUUUGACUAAAAUGUCACAUAUCUUUCAUUUAUUUUACUAAAAUGUCACAUAUCUUUCAUUUUAUUUUACUAAAAUGUCACAUAUCUUUCAUUUUAUUUGACUAAAAUGUCACAUAUCUUUCAUCAUCAGGUCAACAUCCUCAUCUUGUUAACACGACCAGUCUACCGUAUGCCCGUAAUCAUCAGUAUUGUCAUGCAGUUGUCUCAGCAGUUUUCUGGUAUAAAUGGGGUAGGUGACAACUUAUUUGGGCUCAUUUAGUUUUAAGUUAUUCAGUGAUCCUCAAUCCUUAACACUUAUUCAGUUAGUGAUGCCUUUUACCCGUAUUACAGCAGAGAUGUUGCAAUGUUGUCUCAUCAUCUCUGUUGUAAUGUUGUCUCAUCAUCUCUGUUGUAAUGUUGUCUCAUCAUCUCUGUUGUAAUGUUGUCUCAUCACCUCUUUUGUAAUGUUGUCUCAUCAUCUCUGUUGUAAUGUUGUCUCAUCAUUUCUGUUGUAAUGUUGUCUCAUCAUCUCUGCUUUAUUGUUGUCUCAUCAUCUCUGUUGUAAUGUUGUCUCAUCAUCUCUGUUGUAAUUUUGUCUCAUCAUCUCUGCUGUAAUGUUGUCUCAUCAUUUCUGUUGUAAUGUUGUCUCAUCAUCUCUGUUGUAUUGUUGUCUCAUCAUCUCUGUUGUAAUGUUGUCUCAUCAUCUCUGUUGUAAUGUUGUCUCAUCAUCUCUGUUGUAAUGUUGUCUCAUCACCUCUUUUGUAAUGUUGUCUCAUCAUCUCUGUUGUAAUGUUGUCUCAUCAUUUCUGUUGUAAUGUUGUCUCAUCAUCUCUGCUUUAUUGUUGUCUCAUCAUCUCUGUUGUAAUGUUGUCUCAUCAUCUCUGUUGUAAUUUUGUCUCAUCAUCUCUGCUGUAAUGUUGUCUCAUCAUUUCUGUUGUAAUGUUGUCUCAUCAUCUCUGUUGUAUUGUUGUCUCAUCAUCUCUGUUGUAAUGUUGUCUCAUCAUCUCUGCUGUAAUGUUGUCUCAUCAUCUCUGCUGUAAUGUUGUCUCAUCAUCUCUGUUGUAAUGUUGUCUCAUCAUCUCUGCUGUAAUGUUGUCUCAUCAUCUUUUCUUUCAUGUUGUCUCAUCAUCUCUGCUGUAAUGUUGUCUCAUCUUUUCUUUCAUGUUGUCUCAUCAUCUCUGCUGUAUUGUUGUCUCAUCAUCUCUGCUGUAAUGUUGUCUCAUCAUCUCUGUUGUAAUGUUGUCUCAUCAUCUCUGUUGUAAUGUUGUCUCAUCAUCUCUGCUGUAAUGUUGUCUCAUCAUCUCUGUUGUAAUGUUGUCUCAUCAUCUCUGUUGUAAUGUUGUCUCAUCAUCUCUGUUGUAAUGUUGUCUCAUCAUCUCUGCUGUAUUGUUGUCUCAUCAUCUCUGCUGUAAUGUUGUCUCAUCAUCUCUGUUGUAAUGUUGUCUCAUCAUCUUUUCUUUCAUGUUGUCUCAUCAUCUCUGCUGUAAUGUUGUCUCAUCAUCUCUGUUGUAUUGUUGUCUCAUCAUCUCUGUUGUAUUGUUGUCUCAUCAUCUCUGUUGUAAUGUUGUCUCAUCAUCUCUGCUGUAAUGUUGUCUCAUCAUCUCUGCUGUAAUGUUGUCUCAUCAUCUCUGAUGUAAUGUUGUCUCAUCAUCUUUUCUUUCAUGUUGUCUCAUCAUCUCUGUUGUAAUGUUGUCUCAUCAUCUUUUCUUUCAUGUUGUCUCAUCAUCUCUGUUGUAAUGUUGUCUCAUCAUCUCUGCUGUAAUGUUGUCUCAUCAUCUCUGCUGUAAUGUUGUCUCAUCAUCUCUGUUGUAAUGUUGUCUCAUCAUCCCUGCUGUAAAUUGGGCUCGUAAUCUCUGCUAUAGUGUUGUCUCAUGCUUUCGCAAUUUUUAGCUGCUUGAUUGGCUGAGGAAUUUCCUCCUAAUUUUGGGGCACCAUAAUAAUGAUGCAAUUAUUGUAGAGAAAUUGUUCACAGCAUAUGUACAUUAAGGGAAAAUAGCAAUGCCGAUCUGCUUGCUUACCAGUUUCUUAUUCUGAGAACCACUAUAUUAAACUUUAUUUUGAAGUUAUUGCUUAAACAAAUUUAUGGAACCAUAAAUGUUUGUGUUCUGCAAUAAAAAAAUAUCUAAUAUCUCAACUGAUCCGUCAAAGUAGAGCUUGAUAAUGAAACUGUAUUUUAUACAUCGAAAGCCUCUAUAUACCCAUCUCUGUUACACACAAUAUUCUUUGUUAGAAAGCCUCUAUCACCCUUCCUGUUACAUACACAGCUAUUCUUUGUUAGAAAGUCUAUAUAUACCCAUCCCUGUAACAUACACAGCUAUUCUUUGUAAGAAAGCCUCUAUAUACCCAUCCCUGUAACAUACACAGAUAUACUUUGUUAGAAAGCCUCUAUAUACCCAUCCCUGUAACAUGCACAGAUAUUCUUUGUUAGAAAGCCUCUAUAUACCCAUCCCUGUAACAUAGACAGAUAUUCUUUGUUAGAAAGCCUCUAUACACCCAUCCCUGUUACAUAUACAGGGUUAGAAAGCCUCUAGAUACCCUUCCCUGUUACAUACACAGAUUUUCUUUGUUAGAAAGCCUCUAUCACCCUUCCCUGUUACAUACACAGAUAUUCUUUGUUAGAAAGCCUCUAUAUACCCAUCCCUGUUACAUACACAGAUAUUCUUUGUUAGAAAGCCUCUAUAUACCCUUCCCUGUUAGAAACACAGAUAAUCUUUUUUAAAAGCCUCUAUAUACCCUGCUCUGUUAGAUUUACAGAAAUUCUUUGUUAUAAAACCUCUAUAUACCCAUCCUUUUUAUUUACACAGACAUUUUUUGUUAGAAAGCCUCUAUAUACCUAUUCCUGUUAUGUACACAGACAUUUUUUGUUAGAAAGCAUCUCUAUACCUAUCCCUGUUAUGUACACAUUUUUUGUUAGAAAGCCUCUAUAUACCUAUCCCUGUUAUGUACACAGACAUUUUUUGUUAGAAAGCCUCUAUAUACCCAUCUCUUGUCCUUACACAGAUAUUCUACUACUCUGCCAGUCUGUUCAAAGAGGCUGGCCUUGACGUCUCCACGGCAACACAUGCCACUAGUGGAGUUGGAGCAGUAAUGGUGGUCAUGACCUUUAUCACCAUACCUUUGAUGGACAGGGCUGGAAGGCGAACCCUGCAUCUGAUUGGCUUGGCUGGGAUGUGUUUCUUUAGCAUCCUCAUCACUGUCACAUUAGCCUUGAGGGUAAGACCACAAGUUGUAAUCAGAUCAUUGUUUUUUCAGUGUUCCAUACUGUGGAAUAUAUCAAUUUAUAAAAACGUGCAAGACUAGCUUAAUGGGAACAUAUAGUUUACAAAGACGCAAAGGGUUGGUUGGGGGGGGGGGGGUUAACUUUAUUUCUUUAGCAUCCUCAUCACUGUCACAUUAGCCUUGAGGGUAAGACCACAAGUUGUAGUCAGAUCAUUGUUUUUUCAGUGUUCCAUACUGUGGAAUAUAUCAAUUUAUAAAAACGUGCAAGACUAGCUUAAUGGGAACAUAUAGUUUACAAAGACGCAAAGGGUUGGUUGGGGGGGGGGGUUAACCUUCUGAAGUUUUGUGUUGUGUAUUCUUUCAUAAAUUUUGAAAUUAAUGAGGUUUACCUGGACAAUUAAUGAGGUUACCUGAACAUUAAUGAGGUUUACCUGAUUAUUUCAAAUUAGACAAUAAUGAGGUUUACCUGGUCAUUUACAGUUAAAAAUUAUAGACAUUUACCUGGACACUAAUGAUGUUUGCCUGAACAUUAAUGAAGUUUACCUGGCUAUUUACAGUUAGAAAUUAAUGAGGUGCCUGGCCAUUAAUGAUGUUUACCUGAACAUUAAUGAGAUUUACCUGGUUAUUUCAAAUUAGAAAUUAAUGAGGUUUCCCUGAACAUUAACUGUUAGAAAUUAAUGAACUUUUCUAGGCCAUUUACUGUUAAAAAUUAAGUAUGUUUACCUGGAUAUUUCAAGUUAUACAUUAAUGAGGUUUAUCUGGGCAUUAACAGUUAGAAUUUAAUGAGGUUUACCAUUACAUUAAUGAUGUUUAUCUUGCCAUUUACAGUUAAAAAUUAAUGAGGUUUACGUGGACAUUAAUGAUGUUUAAGUGGUCAUUUGCAGUUAAAAAUUAAUGAUGUUUAAUUUAUUUUCUGCUUUAGGAACAAGUGACCUGGUUUAACACAAGUAGCAUUGUUGUCUCCCUUUUGUACGUGGUGUUUUUUGCUAUUGGUCCAGGUGAGUUUCAUGUCAAUCAAAUGGGGCUUUGGUCAUUGGUCCAGCUAAGAUGUAUGUCAAUCAAAUGGGGCUUGGGUCAUUGGUACAGGUCAGUUGUAUGUCAAUCAAAUGGGGCUUGGGUCAUUGGUACAGGUCAGUUGUAUGUCAAUCAAAUGGGGCCUAAUGGGUUUAACCCUAUAACUGUCGUAACGACUGAUAAAUGGCCAUUAAACCCAUUUCUGUCUUGUCACGGCCGCUAUAUAAUUUGCCACUAGCACAAUCAUCACUAAAAAUGCAAAUGAUGCAAUGUAUUUUGCUUACGGGGAAAUCACUCUAUCUGAAUGAGUUUGCUUGCUAUUCACAUUUCUAUCUGUAUACCAACAUGCUUUCAUCAGGGCUUGUUUUGAAAUCAUUUCGUGCCUUCCACCUUGUAUUUUGUAUGACAGAAAUUUGAAGGUAGUGAAUGAAAAAAUUCAUCAGUAUUACAAUUUUAACUAUAAAUACCAAUAAUUUGAAAUUUGCUUAAAAAAUAUUGCUUCUAGUAUCUUAAAAGCUUGAUUUUAUUUUAGUUGAACAAUUUAUGGAGUAUUAGUUUAGGUCCAAUUCAGAAAAUUUAAGUGUUGUAAAAUUUUACUCACUCUGUAAAGGUCAAGGUCUAAAUCAACAUGUGUAACAUAAAAACAACUUCUUUUCAUACCAUAAGAUACCUUGUCCAAUGCACUUACAGAAAAUGUAUACUUGUAAGGAUCUCUGAAUUCAUUUAGUAUGUUAUUUUGUCAUUUUUGACAAGUAUAUGAAAAUGCUCAAAAUGGCUUGACACUACAGAAAAAUGAACUUGGCAGUGAUAGUGGGAACUUGACAGUUAUUGGGUUAAAUGUUUUUUACGUUUAUGUUGCUUUUGAGUUCAACUGCUUCAACCACCCAACGGAUAAGUCUGACAGGCCAGGUGCUGCCUUUAACGGAUUGUUAACACAUUGGUACAUAGAAAGGGGAAAUCUCACCAUUAAAUGAAAAUAUUGCGGGGAAACUAGACCAAGGGAGAUUACUGCCUUUUUUUUUUAAUCCAUUCAUUUUUUUAAUAGUUUAUAUGAGUAGUUGAUGUUUUUGUCCUGAUUGACUAUUAAAAAUGUACACAACACAAGCAUUGGGAAAUAUUUUAAUGCAUCACAUUAAGCCAUGAAUUAUGAAUGCAAAUCAGUUUAUUUGAUAGAAAUGUAUUGAAAAAUAUAUUAGUUUUGAAAACAUUUUCUAAAGGUAUCAACUCUAUGAGUAUAGUUGUUCCCCUUUGCCCUGGGUUUCAAAUGGUAAAAUUUAUGAGCCCCAUUCAGAAGGACUUAGUAGCACAAGACAGGUUAAAUCAAAAUAUGACAAAUGGCAUAUGACAAACAACAUGACUAACGGUAUAUGACAAGAAACAUAGGACAAACAUAAUUAAUUUUAUCACCAAACGAAGAUAUUAUUAUUAAUAUUUGUCUUUGUUCUUACAUUCUCAGCUACCCCAAAUGACAUCUUGUUCAUUGUUUUUACAUUCUCAGCUACCCCAAAUGGCAUCUUGUUCAUUGUUUUUACAUUCUCAGGGCCUCCAAAUGACAUCUUGUUCAUUGUUUUUACAUUCUCAGCUACCCCAAAUGACAUCUUGUUCAUUGUUUUUACAUUCUCAGGGCCUCCAAAUGACAUCUUGUUCAUUGUUUUUACAUUCUCAGCUACCCCAAAUGACAUCUUGUUCAUUGUUUUUACAUUCUCAGGGCCUCCAAAUGACAUCUUGUUCAUUGUUUUUACAUUCUCAGCUACCCCAAAUGACAUCUUGUUCAUUGUUUUUACAUUCUCAGGGCCUCCAAAUGACAUCUUGUUCAUUGUUUUUACAUUCUCAGCUACCCCAAAUGACAUCUUGUUCAUUGUUUUUACAUUCUCAGGGCCUCCAAAUGACAUCUUGUUCAUUGUUUUUACAUUCUCAGCUACCCCAAAUGACAUCUUGUUCAUUGUUUUUACAUUCUCAGGGCCUCCAAAUGACAUCUUGUUCAUUGUUUUUACAUUCUCAGCUACCCCAAAUGACAUCUUGUUCAUUGUUUUUACAUUCUCAGGGCCUCCAAAUGACAUCUUGUUCAUUGUUUUUACAUUCUCAGCUACCCCAAAUGACAUCUUGUUCAUUGUUUUUACAUUCUCAGGGCCUCCAAAUGACAUCUUGUUCAUUGUUUUUACAUUCUCAGCUACCCCAAAUGACAUCUUGUUCAUUGUUUUUACAUUCUCAGGGCCUCCAAAUGACAUCUUGUUCAUUGUUUUUACAUUCUCAGCUACCCCAAAUGACAUCUUGUUCAUUGUUUUUACAUUCUCAGGGCCUCCAAAUGACAUCUUUGUUAUUACAUUCUCAGAUUCUAUACCGUGGCUCAUUGUUGCAGAGUAUUUCAGCCAAGGGCCUCCAGAUGAAAUCUCUGUUCUUACAUUCUCAGGUUCUACAUUGUGGCUCAUUGUUGCUGGGUUGUUCAGCCAAGGGCCUCCAAAUGACAUCUUUGCUCUUACAUUCUCAGGUUCUAUACCGUGGCUCAUUGUUGCCGAGUUGUUCAGCCAAGGGCCCCGGUCUGCUGCUAUGUCACUCUCAGUUUUAAUCAAUUGGGUGGCCAACUUCAUUGUGGGAUACACAUUUCCUCACCUGCAGGUAAACAUUUAACAUUUAUUAUGCAUUUUUAUCUUCACAUAUCUGAAAUCAGACCGGUUAACUAUUGCUCCUCCCAUGCAGGUUUCUUUACAUCCAAUCAUCAUGUACUUUCUUUUCAUCCAAUCAUUAUGCACAUUCUUUUCUUUUCAUCCAAUCAUCACGUACUUUAUUUUCUUAACAUCCAAUCAUUAUGUACUUCUUUUCUUUACAUCCACUUAUCAUGCACUUUCUUUUCUUGACAUACAAUAAUCAUGCACUUUCUUUUAGUUGCAUCCAAUCAUCAUAUAAUUUCUUUUCUUUACAUCCAAUCAUCAUGCACUUUCUUUUCAUUACAUCCAGUCAUCAUGUACUUCCUUUUCUUGUACAUCCCAAUCAUAAUGUACUUUAUUUUCUUUCUUCUUUUUUUCUUUAUAAAUUUUCAUCCAUACAAACUCUUAGUUCGUUACCUGCUUGUAGACUUCCCUCGGACACAAACAGUCCAUAACCUUUACCUAGUUGCCUCUGGGACUUCAUAGGGGCCAUGUAUGUAGUACGUAUGCAAAGAAAAAAGGUUACAUUUUCUUCCCCACUUUUGCAUGCAUACUUUUCGGAUGACACCUCCACCCAGUUAAAGUACAAAGAGCUUUCCAAAAUCCCCCCCCCCCUCCAAUAUGUCACAUGUUUGCACGUUAGCUUUUUGGAGAGCCCACCAUUCCUAGAAUAUAUGCUACAUCUCACAGGAUUCCACUUGCCCUUGGUCAGGGCCCUGAGAAUGGGGCAGCAAGCAACAGGCGCCCAACUCAUCUUUAGAUGGGACUGUAAUAAUUAAUGAAACAAAAAAUCCCAUAUACUUCACCAAGACAAAGGCUGCUAAAAAUCAUCUUUAGAUAAGACCUUAAUUUUGAAUUAAACUAUAAAAUCCCAUAUCCUUCUUAAAGACAAGGGGCACAAAAAAUCAUCUUUAGAUAGGACCGUAAUAGUUAAUUAAUCUAUAAAAUACCAUAUAUUUCUGAAAGACAAAAGGUGUUAAAAUCAUAUACGUAUAUAUAUGUUUUAUUCAUUUUACCCAACCCUUUAUUUUAUUUUGUGCUGUUUAUGUAUGUUGGUGAUGGUAGGUUAGGGUAUUUGUAUGGUGAUGACGGGUUAGGGUAUUUGUAUGGUGAUGAUGGUAGGUUAGGGUAUUUGUAUGGUGAUGACGGGUUAGGGUUAGGGUAUUUGUAUGGUGAUGACAGGUUAGGGUUAGGGUAUUUGUAUGGUGAUGACGGUAGGUUAGGGUAUUUGUAUGGUGAUGACGGGUUAGGGUUAGGGUAUUUGUAUGGUGAUGACGGUAGGUUAGGGUAUUUGUAUGGUGAAGAAGUUUAGGGUUAACGAUUAUGUAUGCUGAAGAAGGUUAGAGUUGGGGUUUAUGUAUGGUGAAGGUUAUAGCUAGGUUUUAUGUAUGGUGAUGAAGUUUGGAGUUAAGGACUAUGCAUGGUGAUGAAGGAUAGGGCUAGGGUUUAGAAGGUUAGAGUUAGUGUUUAUGCAUGGUGGAGAAGGAUAGGGCUAGGGUUUAGAAGGUUAGAGUUAGUGUUUAUGUAUACUUACGAAGGUUGGGGUUAGGCUUUAUGUAUGGUGAAGAAUGUUAGGGUUUGGGUUAAGUAUGGUGAAAAAGGGUUUUUUGCAGACAUGUUUGAGUUAUUUUCUUCCCUUCUGUCACGUUUCCCCUUCCAAGUGUAUCUUAUUUCUUUUUGUUUAAUAGUUGGAAAAUUAAAGCUCAUAUUUUUUGAGAGCUGACGGUAGUUGGGGUAUUGUGUUAGAAAAUAUAAAUUUGUGAGGAGUAUGGAGGUGGUUGAGAUGGUGUUUUAUUUAGAACAUAUAAGUUUUUGUGAGGAGUGUGGAGGUGGUUGAGAUGGUGUUUUAUUUAGAACAUAUAAGUUUUUGUGAGGAGUGUGGAGGUGGUUGAGAUGGUGUUUUAUUUAGAACAUAUAAGUUUUUGUGAGGAGUGUGGAGGUGGUUGAGAUGGUGUUUUAUUUAGAACAUAUAAGUUUUUGUGAGGAGUGUGGAGGUGGUUGAGAUGGUGUUUUAUUUAGAACAUAUAAGUUUUUGUGAGGAGUGUGGAGGUGGUUGAGAUGGUGUUUUAUUUAGAACAUAUAAGUUUUUGUGAGGAGUGUGGAGGUGGUUGAGAUGGUGUUUUAUUUAGAACAUAUACGUUAUUGUGUGGAGUGUGGAGGUGGUUGAGAUGGUGUUUUAUUUAGAACAUAUAAGUUUUUGUGAGGAGUGUGGAGGUGGUUGAGAUGGUGUUUUAUUUAGAACAUAUACGUUAUUGUGUGGAGUGUGGAGGUGGUUGAGAUGGUGUUUUAUUUAGAACAUAUACGUUAUUGUGAGGAGUGUGGAGGUGGUUGAGAUGGUGUUUUAUUUAGAACAUAUAAGUUUUUGUGAGCAGUGUGGAGGGGGUUGAGAUGGUGUUUUAUUUAGAACAUAUAAGUUUUUGUGAGGAGUGUGGAGGGGGUUGAGAUGGUGUUUUAUUGAGAACAUAUAAGUUAUUGUGAGGAGUGUGGAGGUGGUUGAGAUGGUGUUUUAUUGAGAACAUAUAAGUUAUUGUGAGGAGUGUGGAGGUGGUUGAGAUGGUGUUUUAUUGAGAACAUAUAAGUUUUUGUGAGGAGUGUGGAGGUGGUUGAGAUGGUGUUUUAUUUAGAACAUAUACGUUAUUGUGAGGAGUGUGGAGGUGGUUGAGAUGGUGUUUUAUUGAGAACAUAUAAGUUUUUGUGAGGUGUGUGGAGGUGGUUGAGAUGGUGUUUUAUUGAGAACAUAUACGUUAUUGUGAGGAGUGUGGAGGUGGUUGAGAUGGUGUUUUAUUGAGAACAUAUAAGUUUUUGUGAGGAGUGUGGAGGGGGUUGAGAUGGUUUUUUAUUGAGAACAUAUAAGUUAUUGUGAGGAGUGUGGAGGUGGUUGAGAUGGUGUUUUAUUGAGAACAUAUAAGUUUUUGUGAGGUGUGUGGAGGUGGUUGAGAUGGUGUUUUAUUGAGAACAUAUAAGGGUUCUGUGUUAUUGCCAUGAUUCUAUGCUUUCUUUCUUUCUUUUCCAUCCAUCAUCAGGAUGCUCUGGGUAACUACACCUUCCUGCCAUUCACUGGUUGCCUGGUACUGUUUUGGAUCUUUACAUUUUUCUAUGUACCAGAAACCAAGAUGAAAACUUUUGAGGAAGUGAAAGCAUUAUGGAAGAAAGUGGAAAUGGAGAAAAGUGAGUCUGAGGAAAAUGAGGGCUCCCACCUUGUAAGUCAUUGACUGUGACUAGGUCACAGUGCCCUAUGGCUUGUCAUCAUAUUGAUCCACGCAUUUAAUCUGGUGAAGGGAUGUCACCUUUUUUCUCAGCCAAAUUUUAUCUUUGAUAUUUUGUUUCUUAAAUUUUGCAUUGUCACUUUGUAAGUAAUUAUAAAUUAAUGUUCUUACUAAAGGGGGGAAGGUGGGGUAUAAUUAAUUUUGCGUAAAGCGGCUUAAAAAAUUCUCUAUUUUUGAAGUUAAGUUUUUACAUCAGAGAUCAUUGGAAUUAUGAGGUAUACAGAUUAAAAGCAUUGAUUCCCCUCUUCCCCCACUUGCGCUCAGGAGCCUUUAACUUCCUCGAUCUCUGAUCUCUGCCCUCCAAAAGGAAAGUUUUAGCCUGAUACCCUUGUAUUUUAAAAAAAAAUUUAUUGUACUUGGAAUUUUUGUAAGAAUGUCAUUAAGUCUGUAUGAAUGAUAUUAAUUGUGAUCAAAAUUAACGUUAGGCAAAAAGAAUUUAUUUAAGUUAUUAUAAGAAAACCAUAUAUUUAGAAUUUAUCUAAGUAAUCUGUUUAUUUAGGCUUUUUUAAGGGGCAAAAUACAAAUUUUGGGCUAAAUUCCCUCAAAGACAGGACAAUAAAAGUUUUGGUUAACGACAAUAAAUAGAAAAUAGUUUAUAAACUUAAGUGUUUCACAUUAAUUUUAUUGCCGGAAGUUGUGCUUUCCAAAACCAAGAUUACAGGAAGUAAAGAGUGCAUGUAUCAAUAUGCAUCAUUACUUUGAAAAAUAAGAUCUUAACGGACAAAAAUAUUUUGGAAAUAUUUGAAAGUAAAAUAUAAGACAUAAGAAAAGAAACUCAGGGAAAUGGAGGAUCACUAAUAGGAGAGUAUUUGAUUGAUUCCAUAUGGUAAUAUUGUGCCCUUCUAACUUGCUGGAAAUCAGUGCCAUGAUAAAAAUUUAAGGAGGCUAAUUUUUUUGGAUUUAGUGAAUAGGGGCAAGUCCUACAAUGUUCACCUAGAUUUUAAAGGCAAAAUGUGUAAUCCAGGUUUUCUAUAGAAUCCAUAGGCAAAGUGUAUAAUGUCCAUGGUAUUUCACCUGUAACACAUACACAUUUGGUCACAUACACAUUUGGUCACAUACACACUUGGCCUGUAACACAUACACACUUAAUCCUAGCCAAUUGAACACAAGUGAAAAAAUCACUGAACUUUUUAAAAAUCAUUUUCUUUUUUUAUUCACUGCAAUUUCUUUGCUUUUUUAUUUUUUUAUUAUUAGAUCACAAGAAAGUUAGGGUUAGGAUUAGGUAGCUAGUUAUUUGAUGAUCUCACAAGGCAGUUAGUUAGGGUAAGGGUUAGUUAUUUGAUGAACUCACUAGGCAGUUAGUUAGGGUAAGGGUUAGUUAUUUGAUGAACUCACUAGGCAGUUAGGUAUAUGAUGAGUGAGUCUUAUUACAGUAUUUAAAGUUUUAAGAUGUAUUACAAUUCACUGUCAACAUGUGCACGCAUGGAGGAAAUGAUCACUUAAAAGACAUUAAAUAUGAAUGAAAUGAAGAACACAUGGAGGAAAUCAUCUCUUAAAAGACAUUAAAUAUGAAUGAAAUGAAGAACACAUGGAGGAAUGAUCACUUAAAAGACAUUAAAUAUGAAUGAAAUGAAGACUGUUGACAAAUGUUGUUUUAUCACUUUUGUUUUAUAUUUGGGCUGUUACUUAUAUAUUAAUAGAGUGCUGUAUAUGUUACAUAUUAAAUAGAUGUAAUUGAGUCCUGUAUGACACCUGUUCAUUUUUUUGUGAUUUAAAAUCUAUGUAUUUCCAAGUUAAUUAACAUAAAUUCUCAGUCAUAAGCCUGUUUGUUCAUAAGCCUAUACCAUAAAAUAAUAAUUUCAAAAGUAGUAGAAGCAAUACUGAAAGGUGCUAAAGAAAAUAAUAUAUGUUUCUAAACUUCCAAAAUAAUUAUCCUGUCAAUAAAAAAAUAAAAAACUUUUUUUUUAAAUUUAAAAAAUUAUGUAUAACAAAAGGUAAUAGAAAUACAGUCCCAUGUAUAACAUGUAUACUCCAUUCACAUGUCUUUUUGGCACAUGGUAUCCAUAUUGAACAUUCCAAAAUUAUUACCUUGAUGAUCUACAAUAACAAUUUGAUUAUUAAAUUUCGGUAAAUUGUUAGCCCAUCACGGCAGUCGCAAGAUAUGGACAAAAAUGUGUGGCCCAAUUUUUAACAGUUCAUUUUUGCACACCGCGACUUUGGCAAAUUACCUUACAUUUUUUUUUCAUUCUUUUAUAGAAUCAAUGCAUCUGUAUUUUUUUCUAUUAUGGAAUCAAAGAACCUGUUUUUUUUUCUUUUAUAGAAUCAAUGAAUCUGUAUUGUUUUUCUAUUAUAGAAUCCAAAAAUCUGGAGAACAUUAAUAAAAUUUCUUUUGCCCCACUAAUAAGCCAAUCAUCCCACUAAUAAGCCAAUCAUCCCACUUAUGCCCCUGAAAUAUUUCACCAAAAGUCGUCUUAUGAACAAUUAUUUAUGGUAGAUAUUUUAUUUGAUGUUUUAAAGGCACACGCUGACUUGGAAAAUUUGUAAAUAGAACUAUCCAGAAUGAUCAAUGUUAGUGAGCCUUCACAAAAGUAGGCUAAACAAUAUUUUACUGUCCAAUUUAGGGAGCCUUUAUAAAAGUAGGCUAAAGAAUGUUUGACUCUUAAAUUUUAGAGAGCCUUCAUAAAAUUAUGCUAAAUAAGGUUUGACUGUUCCAUGCUAGAGAGCUUUUAUAAAAGUAGGCUAAAUAAUGUUUGACUGUUCAAUUUUAGAGAGCCUUCAUAAAAGUAUGCUAAAUUAGGUUUAAAUGUUCCAUUUUAGAGAGCCUUCAUAAAAGUAGGCUAAAUAAUGUUUGACUGUCCAAUUUAGGGAGCCUUUAAAAAAGUAGGCUCAAUAAUGUUAAAAUGUUAGAGAGCCUUCAUAAAUGUAGGCUUAAUAAUGUUUGACUGUUCAAUUUUAGAGAGCCUUCAUAAAAGUAAGCUAAAUAAUGUUUGACUGUUAAAUUUUAUAUCGCCUCCAUAAAAGUAGGCUAAAUAAUGUUUGACAGUUCAAUUUUAUAUCGCCUCCAUAAGGUAGGCUCAAUAUAUGUAGAUAUUCUUCCACCCACACCUGCUUAUCCAAAGUAUUUAAAAUUAGCAAAGCUUUAGUGGGUUUUUGUCAAUUUUUAAUUCUUUAUAUGUCAUCACGCAAAUCAAAUGACAGGAGUGUCAUCUAGGCUAAUGUAUAAAAAGAUGAUAAUUGAUAAUUUGACAUGCGUCUUCUAAUUAUUCAUAAAAAACAAUUUAGUUUGUUGUAUUCACACACAAAAAAAAGCCUUAUGAUAUUAUUUAGUCCCUCAAAUGAAAAGCUUUAUGAUAUUAUUUAGUCCCUUAAAUGAAACCAAAUGAGAUGUAUCUGUAGUAAUGUAUUCCAUCAUUCCAUCUUUUGUUUGGUUUACCUCAGGUGACCGGACACCAGAGCCCUCUAGUGGCAGGAACAAUAGUCCAGAACAAAAGUGUUAGAACAGUUCCAUAGCAGCUGGAUUGGUUAAGCAAUACUUACUAUCACCCUUUAGGGUUUGCCAUUAAGGACAUCUGCAUUCGUCCACAGGCGCAUACAGCAUUUUACAGUGCCAUAUACAUGGAAGUAUAAAGAUUAUGAAGAACAAAGAGUCACUAGACUUGAAAUUGUAAAUCAGUUCUGAGUAUUAUUUGGGUCCAGACAUUCAUUGUGUGGAAGACGGGUUGUUGAUUUUGGAGAUGAUACAUAUUUGUGAGUAGGGUGGGGUCUGCAGAAAGUAUGUACGAGUGACACUCUAAUAUCUCAAAUAAGGCAGACUUUCAUCUAAAAAUCUAUGAAAUCCAAGAUAUUUUAUUUUUUUAUUGUCUAAAGAGAAAUCAAUGCAAUGUAAUUACAUUUUUAGUCAUACUGUUGCUGUGUGCUUGGUCAUAAUGUUGCUGUGUGUUUAGUCAAACUGUUCAGUGUGUAUGUAUACUUGCUAGGUAUCAUAAUAGUGAUAGUUAUUCUUAGGUUAUUCUGUGCCGGUGAUGUUAUUUGUGAUGUAAUUAUUUCAAUGGGCUAAACAAAACAACAGCACUAAGUGGAAAAAAGUGUGGGGACCCUAGACACAAAUUCAACAGGCUUUCAACACUGCUUCCCAAGCUUUUUUUGACCCCAUGCAACAGCUGAUAAUAAAAUGUUUUCAUCCCCAC